AACAUACCACUUUCAAAUUCAAUCUCUCCAUAUGAUACAUGACACCAUCUGUCUAAGGCGCUUGGACUUUCUCCUCCCUCGUUUCCCCUGUCUCCUCUAAUUUGUCUGCGAGAAUCGUAUCACAUACCACCCUUAGAAAACAAAACCAUUUCAAUAGUUUUGAACUUUUCAGAUGUAUACACACAGAUAUAUACAGAAUAGGCCUAUGGUUUUGCAUAAAGCAGAGUACGUCGUAUCAUGUAAAGUGAAUGUCCAAUAGCAAAGAUCGCGCAUCACUGAUAAGACCUAAUUAUAGAUAGGAUAAAAAUAACGCGCAGCCUCGUUAUCAAAUGUAGUACAAACAUUGGACAGCGUGUACUACAUUCCUAAUGGCCACGCCGAUAUCAAAAGAAAAAAAAGCUAACACACGGUGCAACAAGACACUGCUGUUAUGGAAUAUGCAACAGUGACAGUAGAUAUGCUGAUCGAGAAUAUAUGACUGGGGUUUUUUGGAUACCAUUUCCAAAACCCAAGAGGAAUCUGGAAAAAUGUCAGCGAUGGGCGCGUGUGUGUGGCAGGGAAUAUUUUACCGUUGAAAAGGUUACAAGAUGGACAUACAUAUGUAGUAAACAUUUUGUGGGUGGAAAUGGACCGACAGCAGAACAUCCUGAUCCCAUUCCAGCAACUCUAACGCCAAAUCAGGGGGGAAAAUUCGCUAGGAAAAGGAAACCACCCACUCCACGGAGCAAUCCUGUUUCCAAAAGAAUGUUAAAGGACGUGUCAGAAGCAUUACUAUCCUUACAAGAUGAGGCAAUACCUUCAACUUCUACUAGCACUUGUGAUAUGCAUCGUGGCCAUAUUAACGAGAACAGAACAAUUAUAGCCAACCAUGAUCAGUCUGACACUAUAUGUACUGGGACCGGGUCUGAUAUGAAUCAGAAUGAACAUGUCAAACAGGAGCAGACCCAAAAGAACGCAAUUUAUUGUGCAACACAAAUACAAGAUUGUGGGACACAAACUACUUUUCAUUGCAGUGAUACUCUUGCCAAUAAAAUUGAGAGAAGGCUGAGGAAAAAUGAAGGGCAUUCAAAGCAAAAGAGUCCGCAAAAACAGAACACCAAAAACAAGUUUGAUUACGAGCAAUUGGCAACAAAAGGAAAACUUUUUAAAUUUUACACAGGUUUAAAUGUUGAACAAUUUAACCACUUUUUAAGGUCUUGGAAAAUGCCGGAGGUGUAUAUGAACUGAAAUAUUGGAAAGGAAAUAGAACAAAAUCACCAAAGAAAAGACGAAACGACUCAAAACAACGACAAACCAAACUAUCGACAAGAAAUCAGUUAUUAUUGGUUCUUAUGAAGUUAAGGCAUAGGUUUCCAAAUAAAGAUCUUGCAUACAGAUAUGGAGUAAGCAUCAGUACUGUCUCUUCAACAAUUAACACUUGGAUUCAAUAUUUAUAUAAAGUUACUGGUGGUAUUCGUAAAAAAAAUGUUUCCAUCUAGGGCUUUAAUUCAAAAACAUUUGCCUGCUUGCUUUAGGUCCUUCAAAAAUGUCCGUGUGAUAAUUGAUUGCUUUGAGAUAUUUACUCAGUCAUCACGGGAUUUUGCUGAACAAGGUAAUAUGUAUUCCUCGUAUAAAAAUAAUCCAACAUUGAAAUGUUUGGUUGGUGUUGCACCUACAGGAGCAGUUACAUUUUUAUCAGAUGUAUAUGAGGGAAGUAUAUCAGACAAGGAGAUAACUGUAAAGUCUGGUUUGGCUGACUUGCUUAAUCCUGGAGACUUGGUGAUAGCGGAUCGAGGGUUUUUGAUUCGGGAUAUACUGAACCCAAGAAACGUAGACCUUAACAUUCCACCAUUUCUUUCAGGAAGAGAUCGACUAACCCCUCAAGAAGAAAUAUUGACAAAACGCAUUGCACGAGUACGCAUUCAUGUGGAACGAGCAAUUGAGCGCAUGAAAAUUUUUUAAAUAAUAGGAGCAACAAUACCUUUUAGUCUCAAACCAGUAGCCACAGAAAUAGUGCAUAUAAUUGGAUUUCUAGUCAAUUACCAAAGUUCACUUGUAAAAUGAGCAUUGAACAUUAAACUUGAUAAAAUAAUUCUAAAUUUAUAAAUGAAUUCCAGCCUGACCUUGCAUUCAUUAGAGAAGUAUCUUCUUUUUGUUGCAUGAUUUUUUUUCUUCAGUACAUUUAUUGUGGUUCAGAUGAUUGGGCUAAUAUCUGCUUGAUUAUUAUAGUUCGUCUUUUACUGCCUUUGUUUUCUUUUGACCACUUGUUUGAGGGGGGGGGGGGGGGUUGAGAUCUCACUAAACUAGUUUAACCCCACCACAUUUCAUGUCCCUGGCCCAAGUCGGGUAUUGUGGUCACAAGUUUGUCUGUAUCUUUGUGUUAAAUGUUACGUAAUGUACAUGUACAUUUUGGUAAUAUUCAUGCAAGAGCGACUAAAAUUUUACAUAUACACGUUUUAUUUAUUUGAGGCAAUUUUCACAAGGAGUGGAGUCCCACCCUUAUGGAAGGCCUUUUGGAGACCUCUAGAUUUGUGGAUUGAGUGUGGUCUCUGAAACUUACAAAUGUAGUCCAUAUCUUUUCACACAUUGUGAAAGUGUGACACUGUUCAAAACCAAUAAAAAUCUGAAUCUAUAA